AUGAGGUGCAGCAUACUCGCCAUCUCGCUCCUGGUUGCCUCAGUCGUAGCUAUUCCUCUACAGCUUAGUGAAAGGAAUGCACUCUCAGAGCGUAGCCCCGAGGAGGCCUCCGAAGAUCUUGCUUUCUGGCAGUCCGGCGAUUGGAAACGCGAGGCCGACAAGAAGGCCAAACGAAACGCAGAAGAAGCUUCUGAAGACCUCGCGUUUUGGCAAUCUGGAAGCUGGAAACGUGCCGCAGAAGAAAGCGCAAAACGAAAUGCGGAGGAGGCCUCCGAAGAUCUGGCGUUCUGGCAAUCCGGGGACUGGAAACGUGAUGCGGAUAAGAAGGUGAAGCGAAGCGCUGAAGAGGCCAAGGAGGAUCUUUCUUUCUGGGCAUCCGGGGAUUGGAAGCGUGAUGCUAAAGAGAAGGCAAAGCGGCAUGCAAAGGAGGCUUCGGAAGAUCUUGCUUUUUGGCAAUCCGGAGAUUGGAAGAAGCGGAAAGAGAUGAAGCAAGCAGUGUAGACAGCUGCUUAAGUGACACCCGACUGUCGCAAGGGAGGAUCAAAUUCAACAUUUGAUCGCAAGUGGGAUUGCUACAGCGGUGAUGGUCGCACAGGCGUGGGAGGAAAAAAGCUGGCAGUAAAGUAUGUCAUCGUUGCAGCGGCUUUUAAUGGGUGAACAGAGAAUGUACGCUGAAGCCCAGUGAUGUAACGCAAUCAGUGAAUAGGAGGAUCAAAUUAC